AUGAGCGACGUCACCGGCGAUCUCGCGGCGGUGAGCGAAGCCAAGGGCGGUUCUGACGCCGCCCGGAUCGCGGAAGUGAAGGCGUGGCUCACCUCUCAGUUCGAAGCCGCCGGCCGAGAAGUCCCCAAUUUCGAGUACACUCAUCGAAGCAUCGCACAUCUGUAUAAUCUCGCCACCGCUUCUCAGGCCAAGUCUCAGGCUGCAAGCAUCGUCGCCAACGAUUUUCGUCAGAAGGCUUCAGAAUACCGUGCUCAAGCGGCUCGGAUUAGAGAGAUUUUGGAGAGUGCGGGAAUGGCACAGGAGAGCUUACCGUCGAAUGUGGUUUCUUCAGCACAAGUUCUUGCAAAAGUGGCGAAUUUGUUGAACAUAAGAGACACUGAACUGAGCAGUUUCCUUGUUGCAAUGGGAGACAUUUCUCUGAGGAAGACUGGGGUGGAGGAGAAAAGGUCUAAAGCACAAAAGGAGUCCAAUGUUCUUCUUGAUUAUACAAGGAAAGCGAUACAGAGGCUGACUUAUUUGAAGAAAAUCCUUGCGCAGCUAGAAGAUGAUGUAAUCCCUUGUGAAUCACAGAUGGAGAAUUGGAAAACAAAUUUGGGAGUAAUGGCAGCGAAGGAGGAACAAUACAUACAGCAGUACAAGAAGUAUGAGCUGUUGCUCAACCGUGUUGGCUACACACCUAAGAUCAGCCAUAGAGAGCUGGUGGAAAUGGCAGAGCACCGGAAGGAAUUGGAGAAGAUGACAAAACCCGUUCUUGAUACUCUAAGAAGCUACCAGGACUUACCUCCGGACAAAGCUCUGGCUGCACUAGCAAUCGAAGACAAGAAAAGACAGUUUGCAGCCGCGGAAAAGUAUCUAGAAGAAGUAUUACAAUCAGCCCUUGAAACAAGCGACGAAUGA